CCGAUGUAUGGAUAUUCAACUAAGCUCAACAAGUUUCCCAUCUUUGAUUUUGAUGACAACCCCAAGUACCUGUGUAUCAGUGCUGUGAGCCCCAGCACCACCAAGCCCACCCUCUAUGCUCUCAGUAUUUGGAGAUGCUGGUGCAUGAACAAAGGACUCAGAGAUCACAUGGACAUAACUAAGAUCCCAGCAACAAAGCUCAGUGAACUCCAGGAGGACUUUUACAUCACUGUGAGGAAAACAGAUGAGUCUGACUUUCUAGCCACAUCACACCAUGCUAUCUGUCAAGGCCUGGACCUUGGAUAGAUCCAAAGCCUGAUGCUCAAGAAUGCUGGUGCUGAUUUCUCCAUCACCAGCAGCACCUUCAUCUCUUCCACCAGAAAGGUCAAGAAGAACCUUAAGGUCCUGAGCAAGGCUGGGAUAUCUGGUGCCCACUCUUGCAAUGUUGUCUACUUCUCUCUUUCUGAUGAGGAAGAGACAUGGGAGUCAGGAUGCCUGGGAGAUGACAACCCCAUAGCCCUGCUGUCUGCAGGGGUGAAAGGCAACAGCCAGUACCUGAACACGCAAACCUCACAGGAGCACACAGCCUGAGUGCCUGGUGACACCGAAUUGCUCAAACACUCCCAGAACAGGCUGGUUUUUGACAGAAUAGAUAGCAUGAAGCAAGAAAACAGGGUGAAAGUGAACAGAGCAUUUUAUGGCCAGAUCUACCAUGAGCACUCAAAACAAUACAAGCUCUGCCUGUACAUGUUCAUACACUGACACAGGAUGCAGGUGGAGGCCAAGCCUCCCUUCCACCUGACAGCUUGCAAGGAGGUCAACAGCGUGGGGAACGUUGUACAAGAGCAGAGGAUGGGGCUCUGCUCCCUUGGGGGAGUUGUGAAGCUGGAGCACUGUGAAAAUUUUACUUUUAUCUCCUUCACUCAGGUUUCCAGGAAGUUUUUCCUGCUUAGCUCCUGCUGGUAA